GAACCUCUACUAAGGGAAAAUAUGCUGAGCUCUUUCUUGGCUUGCCAACUUCUCUGCCAAACUUUUUUUGGAAGGAAACUUCCUGCCUGUCUGCUCUCCCUCUCUCAGAUAGCAUCAUCUGCACUUUCUCACCUGAUCAUCAGUCACUCACUCACCUCAUCGCUUUACAUUGCCAUUUUACCAGAUUGAUCAUAGUGGGAUCAUCGUUCAAUUUAUUAAGCCAUGCCUACAUUGACUCAAAAUAGGGGAUCAAUGAAACACUGUUAUGCAAUGCCAUGCCUACAUCUACUGAAAAUAGGGGAUCAAUGAAAUCUAUCAUGCCAUGCAAUGCCUUAUCUUACUGAAUUCACUCGUGCUGUCUGAAUGGAGAAGCAUGCUUUGCAAUGACAAUCCCAGAUCUGAAUUUUGGAUUUAAAUCUUUUAUUGCAAUCAUGAUUUUGUUCCUCAUUGAACGCCUCUACCGCUUCAUGUGCAUCAGCCCUCCCGUAUAUGCAGGUUUUGCAUUUGUUUAUUAUGAGGAUGAGCGUGAUGCUGAAGAUGCAAUUCGUGCAUUAGACAAUUUUCCUUUUGGUUAUGACAAGCGAAGGCUGUCUGUAGAGUGGGCUAGAGGUGAACGUGGUCGUCAUCGAGAUGGGUCCAGAGCAAACCAGAGGCCCACCAAAACAUUAUUUGUGAUUAACUUUGACCCAAUCCGCACUAGAGUUCGUGAUAUAGAAAGGCACUUCGAACCAUAUGGGAAAGUUCUUCAUGUUAGGAUUCGCAGGAAUUUUGCUUUUGUGCAGUUUGAAUCACAAGAAGAUGCUACUAAAGCUCUUGAGUGUACACAUAUGAGCAAGAUACUGGAUAGGGUGGUUUCAGUGGAGUAUGCUCUGAGGGAUGACGAUGAGAGGGGUGACAGAUAUUAUGACAGCCCCAGAAGAGGGGGAUAUGGAAGAUCACCCAGUCCAGUUGUUCGUAGGCGACCUAGUCCUGAUUAUGGUCGUCCACGCAGCCCUGUGUAUGAUAGGUACAAUGGACCAGCAUACGAUAGACGUAGGAGUCCCGAUUAUGGGAGGCCAAGGAGUCCCGAUUAUGGGAGGCCAAGGAGUCCUGAAUAUGGCAGAUACCGCAGCCGCUCACCAAUCCGAAGGUCCCGCACCUGAAAGAUGUCUGAUGAUGUGGAAUGAAGCAGGUUCCGGUGGUUCUUCUUAGUCACUGUGUUGGAAUAGAAAGUAGUGCGAUCUGUAGGGAAGCGAACCCCUCGCGGUACAAUUUAUGGUUUGCUUUUUGUAUCUAAAAAUUAAGAAUUUGGGGCUGAUUGUGCUUUUAGGACUCGAUAUAUAGCUUGUUCAAAAGUAGGGUUGGUUAGUAGAUAUUACGACUGUGACGUGUUCUGCAAUGAUUCAUGGCUUUCCAUUUUUGUGGCGGAGCACAAGUCUUGAAUGGUAAACAUGGAAGGGGUCGCUGCCGGCAAA